CAAACCCAGUGAUGUACAUCUGAAAACAUCAUCUACACUGCAAGAUGGGUGGAUAAAACAUCUAUGGCGAUAAAAUGAUUAAACAUUCUGGUCAAUACCUUGAAAGAGGAUUCACACUUCAGAAUGCUUGAUACCUGCCUGAAACGGUGUAUACCAAACCAGCAAUGAACCAGCCUUGUGGUUUUCAGGGCGUUUCAAUAAGUGCUUUGCGUCGCUAUUUUGAAGUGCAAUUCUUUAAAUUGAUUGGCUGAUUCUGGUUUCGGUGGGGAAGCAAACUUCCUCUGUGAUGAAAACAGGUUGACACGUUGCAGUGUAGCUUUCAUUACAAACGUGUACACAUUAAUCAAAUUAAUAUAUUUAUAUAUCCAGUGGACAAAGAACAAUAUUAAAUAUUUGAAGUAACCAAGGAUAAGGAGAAAUCAGAGUGGCCUUCCUCAAGAGAAGAAAUGGGAAGUGAAGAAAAAGGAUUGUGAGUGAAAAGACGUUGGGCGGUUUAGUGGAAGGGUAAAACCUGUGAGACUGCAUAUGAAAGAUUAAAUGGGGAAAGGGUGUGCAGAGCCAGGGCAAUUUAUGAAUUCAUGAAUUGUGAUAAGACAGAAAAAAAGAUCUAUAUUAAACAUUUGAAAGUAGUUUGAUGCAUAAAUAUGUGGUUGGGUAGAGAAUUACACGAGCAGAGUUAGCAGCCAUUAGGCGCAGAGGAAGUGAGUUCACAUCACUGAUGCAAGAAUAACGUUGACAGUGUCGAAGGACACAAGGUGAAAAAACAAGGCUUGUAACGGACACAAAAAGCAAGAGAGGCAAAGACGACUGUCUGAAGGAGCAACCAAAGUUAUGGAAAGAAGUGAGCUUUGGAUGAAGGAGGAAGAAAAGAAGACAAAUUAAAGAUUUCUCAAUCACUGCUUAGGACUGUGCAUGUGCUUGGCCAUUCACCGAGUACAGAAUCUGAAAUUUAGACAUUACAGAUAAGGAAACAGGUACAGAAAGUAAAGAGCUAUAUCUUACUGACAAUGGGUACCAACAAGGAAGCAGACUUUGAGCAGGCAGCCCCAAAUAACCUAGAGGAGGCGGGGUCCUCUGGGAAGGAGGCCCUAGCUGACCCUCAGCCAGAUGGACCAGAAGAGUCUGGCCUUCUAAACACCUACAAGUGGCACACCAGGGGCCGGUCACCUUCGGAUGGAGGGAAGACCGAGGGUGCGGCGCAGACUGCUGUAGAGAGGACAGAGAAAAACCCAACCAAGUGGAGCAAGAUGCAGAGCUGGCGGAAAGCCUUGAGCGAGGACGCGGCAGACAGGAGCUCCGCUCGCCCGGAGACCUCCAGGCCUGAGAAAGGCACCGGACCGCGGAAGAACCCGUUCCGCAGGGCCCUCUCCGAGCCUCCCGGGGCUCUCCUCUCCGUUAUCUCGGCCAUCCCCUCCUCGCAGGCGGCCGACGCCUCCCCUGCCGGUUCUUCUCCUCAGGAGGCCCAGGGAGGCAGAGCCCUCUUCAGGAAGUAUCUGCGCACAGUCUCCCAGAAGUUCAAGAAACCACGACUGCAUGGUCGAAACAGCACGCCGCUCUACCAAGAUGAGGUGGACGGGAACGAGGUCCGCACUGUGCCUCAGGACCCACCGAGGCUCCCCUGGGCCCCACCCCAGGACAUCCCCAUCUGGGACAUCAGCAGAUGUGACCUGCAGGAUGGACAGAUCCUCAUCCCACGGGAGGAUGAGCCCAUCAUGUGGACCCGGAAUCGUGCCAGCAGCUGUUUGUUCAGCGCCAGCAUGCAGAAUCUCACAGGGAGCCACGGCAACCUGGAAUGUACCCCCGAUCAUGUGACCAACACUGGGCCAAGAAUAAAGACUUCCGAUGGAGGAGUUCGGGGGAUGAUUAAGCGGCGCUUCAUGGGCGGAGCGCUGAGGAAGAGCAACACGCAGAUAGACACUGCUGGGAUGAACAGCGGCAGGGUGCACGGUUCUCGAGACUCCGUCUACAUACCGGUCGGUACUGCAGAAAGCCUGGACCUGAGCUCGGACAAGAGCACCAUCAUCCGGCCAGUCCACAGCUCCAUCCUGGGGGAGAAGUACUGCUUUGAGGUGAUCAACACAGAGAACAGCCACUGUUUUGGGUGCAGUUCAGCUGCUGAAAGAGACCGCUGGAUUGAGGACCUGAGGAGAUCUGCCCAUCCCAAUAAGGACAACUGCGAGCGCACAGAGACCUCUCUCAGCCUGUGGGUGAACGAGGCCAAGGACCUGCCUCCGAAGAGACGGUACUACUGCGAGCUGCACUUGGACGGGACCCUGUUCGCUCGCACCAGCAGCCGGGCCGUCGGCAAGUCAGCCAGCCGCUCCAGCCAGGCCAGCGACGGGGGCCUGGGGGCCUCAGGCGGGGGCCUGGGAGGCGGCGGUGGGGCCGGAGUAGGGGGCUGCCAGCUCUUCUGGGGCGAGCUUCUAGAGCUGGACAACCUCCCGCUCUUCACCCAGCUCACUCUGCACCUCUUCCGCGACGAGGACCCCAAGAAGAAGCGGCACUCCAGGGACGAGGCCCUCUUCCAGCCCCUGGGCAGUGUGGCCAUCCCUCUGGCGGAGAUCACGGGACGGGCCUAUCAGGAGAGGUGGUAUCCCAUCGUCCCCUACAAGGGGGCCGGGCCUGUGGGGACUAGGGACCAGCUGGGGCCCCAGGCCUCCAUCCGUGUGAAGGCCCGCUUCCAGAACCUGCACGUCCUGCCAAUAGAGAAGUACAAGGAGUUUGCGGAGUUUGUGACGGUGGACUACAUGGGCAUGUGCAGCAGCCUGGAGCCCCUGCUGAACGUCAGGGAGAAGGAGGAGCUGGCCGGGGCGCUGGUGCACGUGCUGCAGAGCAUCGGCAUGGCCAAGAACUUCCUGAUUGCCCUGGGCAGUGCGGAAGUCCAGCGCUGUGGUGAGAAGGAGGCUCUGAUCUUCAGGGAGAACACUCUGGCCACCAAGGCUAUCGACGAGUACAUGAAGCUGGUGGGGCAGAAGUACCUCAUUGAGACUCUUGGGGAAUUCAUUGCUCGGCUGUACGCUUCAUCAGAAAGCUGUGAGGUCGACCCCCGCAAGUGCCCUGGUUCUGAGUUACUUAGCAACCAGAAGCACCUGACGGAGACAUGUGAAGAAGUGGUGAAGAGAAUCACUGAGAUGUACAGGGGAGAUGGAGAAAGUUCCUUCCCAGUGGAGCUGAAUGAGAUUUUCUCCAGAUGGGUGGAGGAGUGUGAGGGGCGGGGUCGGGGAGAGAUUGGCCAGCGCCUCAUCUCAGCGUCGCUCUUCCUGCGGUUCCUGUGUCCGGCCAUCCUGAGCCCCUCCCUGUUCGGCCUGACCCAGUCCUACCCUGACCCGCCCACCCUCCGAACGCUUACCCUCACAGCCAAGGUCAUCCAGAACCUGGCAAACUUCACAUUGUUCGGGGAGAAGGAGGAGUACAUGCUGUUCAUGAAUGACUUCCUGCAGCAGCAGUGGGACAGCAUGCGGGGCUUCGUCCAGAGGGUGUCCUGCCCGGACAGCGAGCUGGACAUGGCCCACUUCAACGGCUACGUGGACCUGCCGCUGCGUCUGGCGGUGCUGCACAGCCUGCUCACCGACAUCAUCGCCCCCAUGCAGCAGGACACCAUAGACCAGCUAAACCCCCUGCCCUCCAUCCUGAAUGAGAUCUCAGCCGCCCUGGGUCCUAACACCCCCCAUAUCAAUGUCAGCAGCCUGCGCACGGAGCAGUCCAAGCCCACGUUCGUGCCCCCGAGGGAGCUGAUGAAGUACAGCCCCCACCACAGCUCCCUGGCGCAGCUGCCCACGGACGGGACCGGCGGACAGGGGCCGCGCGACGCCAAGGCCAGGAAGCGCGUGAUGAGGACCCAGAGUGUCCCCGACCGCAUAAAGCACCAAAGACGCCCCCCAAAGAGGCAGGCCAGCAACGAGGUCCUUCCUCAGGAGGACCCGGGGUCCGAGGCCAACUCGGCAUGUCGAGACAUUUCCUACCCCCGGACCUGCAACAGUGUGAAGCACCCAUCAGCUCCAGUGCCCUGGAUCAUCAAUGUCACAAAGGAGCCCUAUGAGAUGCAGACUGGGCGGGAAGAGCUUAAUUCACUGGACAGGCACGAGCAGGAGCUGUCAGAGCUGCGUCUGGGCGUGGAGCAGGUCACCGAGCGCGAGCUUGAAAUGGCCAAACGGCUAGAGGACUUCAUCGCCCAGAGCCAGGACCAGAAUGCAAUGCUGCAGGCAGAGGUCGAGGAGUUGCGAAAUCUGCUGGCAAUUCAGGAGGAGCAGCUUACUAAUGCCACCUUCAGGCUGGGAGUGAUAGAAGAAGAGAGGGAGGAAGAUGAAAAGAAACUGAACGUUGCCGUUGCAGCAGCCGAGAGAAUGAGCCAACUGGAGGAGCAGUUUGCCGGCCUGCUGCAGGACAUGAACCGGAUGGGAGGACAGGCAAACACAGAACAUGCGGUGCCAUAGACCGCAAAGAACCUGCUAUGAAAAAGCAGCUGAAGUCACAUACAGUACACGGGUUAACCUCUAAUUUAACUGCUGUCAUCCAGUGUGCAGUACCGCCCAGUCACAAUGGUUAAAGGUAUGCAAUGCAAAAUGCUAUUAAGACUGAGCUGUGCAACAAAGCAGAAAAAUCUAUUCCAGGUAAAGAAUAUAUUUUGAAAUGCAGACUUGCAUCCAUGCGGGAAAAUGUGAAACACUGUAUUAUUGUCACCAAUAUUACUAUUAUCAAUAACUAAUCUUUUUUUAACUUUUACAAUUACAAUCUGUUUUGUUUAAACACUGGCAUUGCGCUGCAGUAUGUGAUUUAACAAAUAUACUCGACAUUUUCUGUUUUCUAAGUGAAGCUAAGGUUUUACUUUUUUGAUGUUAAAGUUGAGGUAAAUAAAGCGCAUCAAAACAUA